AUGAGGAGCACAGGUCCUGGUUGCCACUUUGUGAGAGGCGUGGGCCAGGUCCCUGUCCCAGGGCCCAGGAUCAACCUAGAGUCAAGCGCAGGGUGCAGUAUGCCUGGGUACAGCAGGAGUACAAUGAGAACAGAUCCCGCUGUGCCCAAGAUGUCAUCUCGGGCGUAUGCAUCAUGCAUUGCAAGGCACGACAAGAUCAUUGAUCUGGUAGUGUUUGGUGCCGAAAAGAUUGGGUACAGUAUCCGCCAUGAACCGGCCAUACCAACACCAGCAGGUGUUCAAAGACUGGACCUGGUCCUAGUACGCAAUAGCGACCUAACAAUACUGGACGUUACAAUCGUUGCAGACAAUGCAGACCUUGAGAAGACCUACAAUUACAAGUGUGUCUAUUAUGAUGUUCAAGCCAUUAAAGAGUGGGCCCAACUAUGCUUUGAGCCUAGGAACAUUGCCUUUGAGACUCUGGCUAUGAACUGGAGGGGGCUUCUGGCCACUAGAUCUGCCGGGUAUUACGAAGGCUUGGACUGA